UGAUAGUACCAGUACGUAUUCACGAGUAAUGAAUAAAAUGGUUCUUAGAAGAAUGAAAGAUAUCAUUCUAAAUUCUUAGUUUUAUAAAUUUUUGAUUUUCUGUGGAUAAAUGUGAUAACUUAAAUAUCUUUGAGUGAUAACAUUUCUUGCGGUGUUCGAUUUUGCCAAUAGAUAAUAUUAGACUUAUUAGUAUUUACUAAAUAUUUAGUAUUUUAGUAGACAUUCACCCGAUAAUCAAGAUGACGUGUUACGUGUUUAGUGAGAGUUCAUGUUAGGCAGUUGUUGGUUAUUAAAUACUAAAUAGUAAUUUUGUUCAUCUUUCCUUACACAUAAUGGAUGCAUUUCGUCGUGAAGUAGUAAUUUGCAAAGACGUAUUGCAGGGCCUAGAGAAAAUUGGCUUAUCAAAAAUCAACGCAUUUGUUCUAUUAGGGGUUAACAUUGAUGUGGAAAAUGUGUUCAAAACCUAUAUAAUUGGUUUUGUGGAUUCGUCUUUCAGUGUAGAUGAUAACUGCCCUCACAAUUUGAAUACCUGUGGUUUGGCAGGAAAUGCCGAUCUAAUUGAAAACGUCCAGGAGUAUUUGAAUAAUGAUCAAUUUAAUGAAAAUUAUUCACUGUAUUUGAACAUAGUUGGUUCAAAAAUUAAUCUUUGGGAGUUUAAAAAAAUUGAUGAUGCUAUUCAAUCUGAAAAACUCGAGUUUCAAGUUCAAACAAAAGAGGAAUUAAGCAAUAAUUUAUUAUAUUUUAGAACUUGUAUGAAAUUAGAACUUGACAGAAAAAUUAAUGAUUGUGACCCUUUAAACACAGCAAGUUUAUUAGAAAAAAAGAUUGGUUUAAAACCUCUUUUUUAUAUCAAAGAAAAUAAACAAUAUUUUGGAAAAUUAGAAGAAAACAAAACUAUUGAUGGAAUAAAAGCAAAAACAAAGAAGUUGGAUUAUGAAGUUUUAAAUAUAUCUGUGUAUCAAAAUUUAUCAAAUGCACCAACUGAAAACACAGAUACAUCUGAUUUCCCUAUAAUUCAUCAAACGAAUGAACCUUUUGAUGAAGAACUUGUUUGCUGUCAGCUAGACACUUUAUGUGUGGUUCCUAAAAAAGCCACAUAUACACAGGCAUACAAUUUGGUUUAUGGUAGUAUAAUCAAGAAUAUUCAAUCAAUUCAAUCAUUUUUGGCUUCAAAUCCCAAAGAUCUCCCUGCUGUUCAUCAUUUUUUGCCUGAUACAUUAUGCCAUUUUUUAACAAUUGUUUGUUCACACAAUCAGAUAGAUUCGUACAGUAAUUUAAGAAAAAAAUUACACAAUGCUUUUCAUUUGUCCAUGGAUAGACCAUUGUUUCGUAUAUCAAAUGCUUAUCAAUUUGAUGCUAAGCCAUCUUUAGAUGAUGAUGGACUUUUGACAAAUGUACACGAAGGUUUGUCUCCUUCAGGAAUAAAAAAUGGAAAAAUUUCAUUAAUUCAGGGUACAUACACGUUUUACCAUUAUGGUCAAGGUGGUUUUAACGAUCAUCAGUGGGGUUGUGCAUACAGAUCUUUACAGACAUUAUAUUCUUGGUUUAAGUGGCAAGGGUGGACUAAUAAACCAGUGCCUUCCAUUCGUGACAUACAGCAAAUUUUAGUUGAUAUUGGAGACAAAAAUAAAUCAUUUGUUGGUUCUAGUGAUUGGAUUGGUUCAAUGGAAGUUUCUUUUGUAUUAAAUGCACAUUUGGAUGUCACAUGUCGAAUAAUGUCUUUACGACAAGGAGAUACAUUAAAUUCAGUGUGUCUUGAAUUGUCUGAACAUUUUGAUAGACAUGGCACUCCUGUGAUGAUAGGCGGCGGAGUACUUGCUCACACUAUUUUAGGAGUAGACAUCAAUGAAGAACUGGACGCAGUUAAGUUUUUGGUUUUGGAUCCUCACUAUACAGGCUCUGACAGUUUAAAAAGUAUUCAUGGUAAAGGAGUUUGUUGGAAGGAUGCAUCAUUUUGGAAAAAAGAUACAUUUUAUAAUCUUUGUUUACCAUUGAGUUUUAAUGGCAUAUAAUUAAUAAUUUUAUAUUUUUUAUUUAUUUUGUACUGUUAUUCAUUUUAAGUAUUCUUUAUAUUAUCAUUUAUAGAAUGCACUUAUAUGUGUCAAACUCAAUUGAAUCAUAAUUACUAAAAUAAAAUAGUUUAUAAAAAUAGAAACAAAUAUUGGUAAUACAUUUAAUUAAAAUAUAAAUUUCAGUGUUCUCCAAAAUUAUUCCAAUUAUUAAACGACUGUGAUUUUAAGGAGUUUUUUUUGUUUUUAGUUAAAUAUAAUAUAUUUAAAUACGAGUCAAUUAAAUAUGAAUUUUUGA